CGACCUCCUUAAUGCAUAUGUGACCAUCAUGUCGUUUACGUGAACAGAGGAUGUGUGAGUCGCUGUCUCAUGGGUGCCCUCACCACCUCCGGCACACUUCGGCAGCCCCUCAUGCUUCCAAAUACCUCUUCUUCUAAGAGAAGGCCGAUCGCGUGAAGUCCCAAAUGUAGCAAGUAAUCACCGACGUCGUCAACGGCGCCCCACCGCCAGAUGCAUUUUCGUCCGUCGCAAGCAGUGGGUGGGACAAGCCGAGGUUGUGUCUGACCUGUCAGCCCGGCGGCCAGAGCCAAAGAUCGGGUCUCCAUCAGGGUCUUUAUUGCGUAAGCCCAAACCAUCAGUCAAACUAAUCGUGCCUGGCUAGACCGAAUCUUCAAGUAAGCAGAAACACGGUCAACGGAGUUCCGCGUUUGCGUAGGAUUAUCAGAAUUUACGAUCACAUGUCCAUGAUUCGGUUGGGAGGGGCGACAAGCACAGCCCCGCGUAUCGCGACGAACUUCAGACCUGUUUUGCGACACGACUUAAAGCUCCGAAGCCUUACCACCACUUUUGCACCUCUUGCUUCUACGACUUCUACACGCUCCUAUAUCCCUGUUUUCGAGAAGAAGGAUUUCUACGUAAGGAAAGAAGUACCAGGACGAAUAGCACCCUACACAACCAUGGCCUCCGCAACGAGCUUCUUCGACUUCAAGCCCAAGGACAAAAAGGGCGCCCCCUACGACCUCGCCAAGCUCAACGGCAAAGUCGUCCUCGUCGUAAACACAGCCUCGAAAUGCGGCUUCACCCCCCAAUUCGAGGGCCUCGAGAAGCUCUACAAGGACGUCAAGGCCAAAUACCCAAACGACUUUGAAAUCAUUGGGUUCCCGUGCAAUCAGUUUGGUGGCCAGGACCCGGGCUCGAACGAUGAGAUUCAGGAGUUUUGCCAGCUGAACUAUGGUGUUAGCUUUCCGGUGCUGGGAAAGAUCGAUGUCAACGGCUCCUCCGCGGACCCUGCCUUCGAGUGGCUCAAGAACGAGAAGCCUGGCCUCAUGGGCCUCAAGCGCGUCAAGUGGAACUUUGAGAAGUUCCUCGUUGGCAAGGAUGGCAAGGUCAAGGGCAGGUGGGCAAGCACCAAGAAGCCUGAGGAUCUCAAGGCGGAUAUCGAGAAGGAGUUGGCUGGUAAAUAA